GGUCCGUUAACCUUCAAGGACGUGGCCUUGGACUUCUCACUGGAGGAAUGGGAAUGUCUCAGUUUUGCUCAGAGGUCAUUGUACAUGGAUGUGAUGUUGGAGAAUUACAACAAUCUGUUGUUUGUGGAAAAUCAUUGCCUACGUGGAAAGUAUAGGAAGGUCUUGGAUCAAGACAGCCAGUACAUUGUCCAUGAACACAUGAAUAUUCAAGAGAAGUCUUCUAAAUGGGACAAGCUUAGCAAGGUGAUUCUUGAAUCCCCCCAAUGUACAUCUUACAAAACUAAUCACAGCUCUGAUGCUCUUCAAUUCUCGAACCAAAAAAGACUUAAGCCCAGGAACACUAAAGAAGUUUGCAAAUACAAUGACNCUGUAAACAGUGUGAGUUUGUUUUCUACCAUUAGUCUCAAUCAAGGAAUCCACAUGCAGAAGAAAAAACACAACCGAAAUGCAGACUCUGAGAAGGUUUUUGUUUCUAAACAUAAAGUCAAUGUGAAACAAAACAAUACUGGAGUGAACCCUUACAAAUGUAGUGAAUUUGACAAAUAUCUUACCCAGAGAGAAAAAUUACAAAGUCUGCAGAGAAUUUAUCAUGGAAAGAAACCUUACAAAAGUAGUAAAAGUGACAAAUGCUUUACCCAUCAGAUCCAUCUUAGUAUUCAUCAGCGAAUUCAUACAAAAGAGAAAGUUUACAAAUGUAGAGAAUGUGACAAAUGCUUUACCCACAAAUCCCAUCUUAAUAUUCAUCAGAGAAUUCAUACAGGAGAGAAACCUUACAAAUGUAGUGAAUGUGACAAAUGCUUUACCCGAAAAUUCCAUCUUAGUAUUCAUCAGAAAAUUCAUACAGGAGAGAAACCUUACAAGUGUAGUGAAUGUGACAAAUGCUUCACUCAAAAAUCGCAACUUAAUAUUCAUCAGAGAAUUCAUACAGGAGAGAACCCUUACAAAUGCAGUGAAUGUGACAAAUGCUUUACCCACAAAUCUAAUCUUAAUAAUCAUCAGAAAAUUCAUACAGGAGAGAAGAAACCUCACAAAUGUAGUGAAUGUGACAAAUGUUUUAAACACAAAUUCAGUUUUAGUAUGCAUCAGAGAAUUCAUACAGGAGAGAAACCUUACAAAUGUAGUGAAUGUGACAAAUGCUUUACCCACAAAUCUCAUCUUAGCAUUCAUCAGAGAAUUCAUACAGGAGAAAAACCUCACAAAUGCAGUGAAUGUGACAAAUGCUUUACCCACAAAUCCCAUCUUAAUAGUCAUCAGAGAAUUCAUACAGGAGAGAAACCUUACAAAUGCAGUGAAUGUGACAAAUGCUUUACUAAAAACGUCAGUCUGAGAAUUCAUCAGAGAAUUCAUACAGGAGAGAACCCUUACAAAUGCAGUGAAUGUGACAAAUGCUUUACCCACAAAUCCAAUCUUAUUAUUCAUCAGAGAAUUCAUACAGGAGAGAAACCUUACAAAUGUAGUGAAUGUGACAAAUGCUUUACCCACAAAUCCCAUCUUAAUAUUCAUCAAAGAAUUCAUACAGGAGAGAAACCUUACAAAUGCAGUGAAUGUGACAAAUGCUUUACCCGAAAAUUCCAUCUUAGUAUUCAUCAGAGAAUUCAUACAGGAGAGAACCCUUACAAAUGCAGCGAAUGUGACAAAUGCUUUACCCAAAAAUCCAAUCUUAAUAUUCAUCAGAGAAUUCAUACUGGAGAGAAACCUUAUAAAUGCAGUGAAUGUGACAAAUGCUUUACUGAAAAAGGCAGUCUGAGAAUUCAUCAGAGAAUUCAUACAGGAGAGAAACCUUACAAAUGCAGUGAAUGUGACAAAUGCUUUACCCGAAAAUUCCAUCUUAGGAUUCAUCAGAAAAUUCAUACAGGAGAGAAACCUUACAAAUAGUUUACAUGUGACAAAUACAAUACUGACAAUGUCAGUCUGAGAAAUCAUCAGUUACUUCAUACAGUAGAGAAUCUUUAUAAAUGAAGUGAACAAGACAAUCCUUUACCAAGAUAUAUCAUCUUAAAAUUCAUUAGAGAAUACUUAGAGAAGACAAACUUCAAAUAUAUUGUAGGUAUGAAUCCUUUCCUUUUGGCCUAGUUCCUAGACUGUAACAGUGAAUACUUACAGGCUAGAAACUUAACGCAUGCAUUGUAUGAAGAAAUAUCUUUGACUUCAUUUCAGGUCAGAGAAAACAUCUAAGAACUUUUUAAGGGAAAGUAUUUCUGUUGGGGAAAAUGUGGCAUAUGUUUUAUUCACGGUGUAUUCUUGACAACACUUGAGGCUCCACACUAGAGAAUUAGUAUGAUUAUGAAAAUCCUGUGAAAUUUUUCAUGCAAUGUUCAAAUCUUGGGUAAUGUCAACUAUUUAUGCUGGAGGACCUCUGUACAUGUGAAAAUGUAGAAAGCCUUUCAUGACAACGUUUACUUGUUCACCCUCAAAUGUUACAACAUGAAGAAAAGCGGGGAAAUCAGAAGAUCGUAUUGUGUAACACAUUGAGAAAGAAAUAAUCCAUUUGAAAGAAAACUUAUUAAGGUCUUUAAUACAAUUCUCACAAUAUCUUAUAAAACUGGUAACAUUCUGUAUAUUUAAUUCACAUGAGCUAAUUCAGAAAAAUUUUACUUAAAAGAGUAUCUGGCAAACUGAGCCACCCAGAAAGCAUAUUCUUUUUCCUAUAAGUAUGCUUACAGAUGUUAAGUGUGCUUCGAGUAUCCAGUAAUCAUAGUUCUUCUCAAUUGCUUGUUUCACAUUAUAGGAUAACAACUGAGUAUGAGUCUCUUGUGAUCUGAUCAGCCACUUCUUUCCUGUUGUCCUGUAACUAAUUCCAA